UCUGCUUCCUGUCUGCCUACCGUUGUCGUCUCUAUUUAUGCUUGUUCAGAAUAUGUGGAUUUUAAAUGAUUUAUAACAAAAUUGCAUCUUUUUCUCGGCUCCAAACCUUCUAAACUUUGCGUUGAGUUUUCAGAAAACGUGCCAAGGGUUUUAUGGACGCCCGCAAACAGCAGCGAGCUUACAGAAGCUAACUGUUGCUAGCAGCUAGCUUUUUGUUUUUGUUUUGAAGUAACGUAAAAAUCCAGAGAAUGACGUCUGCCUCCGCUAAGGUGGGUGAGAUCUUCUCAGCAGCUGGAGCUGCUUUCACCAAGUUGGGAGAGCUGACGAUGCAACUGCACCCAGUGUCCGACUCCAGCCCCGCAGGAGCCAAGUGGACGGAGAUGGAGAUCGAGAUGCUGCGAUUGGCUGUUUGUCGCUUUGGAGACGACCUGAACAACAUCAGCUCUGUGAUCAAAGAGCGCACUGUGGCUCAGAUAAAGAGCACGGUGAAGAGGAAGUUGUACGAGGACAGCAGAGUCCCCAUUUCCUCCGAAUUCCCAAAGAAAACAGUGAAGAAAGCUGCUGUUUCCAUGACGACUCCAGUUGCAGCCGCUCCCACCAUGAUCUCCGUGGCCACCUCACAGGUUGUCGUAGCGACAGGGAUGCAGAACAGCCCCUCUCUGGCCCCGCCUAUUAAAAAACAGAAGACAGCAGGUGAGAACAGGUUCCUGAAUGCAGAUUUGUCUCCUGCAGACGUGACACUCAGUGCUCUGAAUGACUCGGACGUGAACAGCGAUCUGGUGGACAUUGAGGAACUUGGAGAUGGGUCCUCCAACAAGAAACUCAACUUUGACCAAGAGAGCCUGAACCUGGACUCCAGCCUCAUCAUGAACUCAAGUGACCUCCCACUUCUGUCCCGCUGACCUCUGUGGAAGCUUCCCCCCUCACAGAUACUUUUAUUCUGAAAAGACACUCCAGGUCACUUGUCAGAACUCAUCCUGUGUUCACUGAACUUUUUAUUGUUUUAAACUUUUUUAGUUUUGGGUAGAUUGUGCGUGUGUGGGUGUCUGUGUGUGUGUGUGUGUGGGGGGGGGGGGGGGGGGGGCUGUCAUCAUGUUUACUCGAUUUAAUCUCUGAAAACGAUCACUGUUCCUCCUGGAUUCUCCUAUAGGACAUCAGAGUUGCUGGACUUCCUGUUGGUCCAGGUCUCCAUCCUGUUGAAUUAAAGCGUCUCUGUGAA